CUUUUCAAAGGAAUAUAGACAUGGCAUUGCAUCAUCUCACUCCCAAAGCAUAUGAUCAUUUAUCACCAAAAAAAACAAGCGAAAAAAAACACCCCUUCCCUAUCGAUCAAUUCCCAUCUCACAAUCGUGUAGAGAAAAUGGAGAUUCUGAUCCGAGGAAAAACAUGCCAUUCUGGUUACAAACAGCCCUGCAAGGCAUACCUCUCCUCGUGCUUGAAACCCACCACCGCCACCAUCACCUUCAACCCCAAUAAAACCACCCACCUUUCGAAAGUCCGAAACAAAAUUCCCACGGCUCUCCAUCGGGAACUUGAACCCAGAAAAUGCAAGACCCGCACUGUAGCGCAAGCGGCAUGCGCGGUGCUCCGUGGAAAACCAAAAAGAAGAAAAUAUAUGAUGACGUCUCCGAUGGGUGGGGGCGCUAGGGAUGCAGAGGGGUGUAGGAUGCGCGUCACAGAUGUGUGCAGGGGGGUUGUGUGUGUGUGUGUGUGUGUGUGCUUAUGUGGAGAGGUCAGACUGUGGAUUUUUCUUUUGUUAUUGUUAUUGUUGUCUGAC